AUGGAAAAGAUCUUUGAUUUCCUGGGCUGCACGGACGAGCAAAGAAUAGCUUGUGCCGGCUUUCAACUUGAGGGAGACGCCGAGGCUUGGUGGAAAAGUACUCGACCCAAUCUCAUGGCUCUUCAUCCCAACCUCACUUGGGACCAAUUUAAGACCGCCUUUUACAAGAACUACUUCCCUCGGAACUUUCGAGAAAAGAAGGAAGCUGAGUUUAUGUCACUUGUUCAGGGGUCGAAGUCGGUACAAGAGUACCAACAGAAUUAUGAGGAAUUACACCACUCCGCUCCUCCUUACCUCAGAGAUGACCAAGGGAAGGCGAGCAGAUUUGAGAGAGGCCUGAGAAACACUAUUGGGGCCAUAGUGUUGAGUCAUAACCUCCAGCGGUAUGCCGCAGUGGUUCAAAUGGCGAAGUCCAUCGAGGAUCGACAGAAUGAAACUUCUUACCCACAGUCUAGUAUCAGAAAGCGGUCUGCAUCUUCACAGAGCACUCAAGGGCCUAACAAAUAUCCUCGGCCAUAUUAUGUGAACCCUGCGCCAUUUCAGUACAGGAAGCCGGAGGCACCUCAGCCCAUCAAAUCUGGACAAGCUUCAUCUGCACCCCAGUCAUCUAUGCCAGGAGCUUGUUGUUACAACUACAACCAGUAUGGUCAUUUCUCUAAGUCUUGUCCGAGCAAGAAAUCGGAGUCAUCACAUCCUCUAGCUCGACCACCUAUGCCUCGUCAUUUCAGCAGCGCAAUUCAGCCUUACACUGGCAAUAGGUUGCCCGGACAGGUGUAUGUUGUCACCAAGGAAGAUGCGGAAAGCGCACCAGGAGUAGUGACAGGGGCAUCCCACUCGUUCGUAUCCCCUUCUUUUGCAAAGGAGAUGCACGUCUCCCCAAAGAACCUAACCCAGGGGCUAGCAGUCAGUACACCUACAGGCAGUGUUGUGCAACUAGACAUAGUCUACGAGCCUUGUAUGGUGGAAGUAUGUGGUCAAAAAAUAAUGGCAUGUCUCAUCGAACUUGAGAUGAUCGACUUCGACGUUAUCCUAGGUAUGGAUUGGUUGGCAGAGUACCAAGCAAAUGUGGUGUGUGCCAAGAAGCAUAUAGUCUUCAAACCCAAAGGAGAGAAGAAAUUCACAUUUGUUGGGCACUAA